AGCUCACCAACGUCGACCGUCAUGUCUGAUCAGGCCUCAGCGAAGAAGAUCCUCCAGGAGCUCAUCAAGCGUGAUGACCUUAAGAAUAAGGUCUGUGUAGACUGUACGAACCCGAAUCCACAGUGGGCCUCUCUCAGCUUCGCCGUCUUCCUCUGUUUGCAAUGCGCUGGCGUACAUAGAGGUUUCGGCGUGCACAUCAGCUUCGUCCGUUCCGUCUCCAUGGACUCCUGGACGGAUACUCAAAUAAAGCGCAUGCAGAGCGGAGGCAACAAACCCUUCCUCGACUUCAUACGUGCUUAUGACCCAGCCCAAGGCGGGUACACAGAGGGAAUGCCCAAGCACGAUCAAUACCACUGCUGGGCAGCGACCCAAUACCGCGAAAAGCUCGACGCCGAACUCCAAGACAAACCCUGGUCCGCCUCCGCCCCUCCUCCCUCCCUCCCCACCAACAACAACAGCAGCACCUCCCCUACACCCUCCCGACCCUCCUCCGCCCAAGGCCAAGGUGGCCUGCGCAAAUCCCGCGCCUCCGCCGGCCCCAACCGCUCUUACACCUCUCCCUCCUUCUCUCCCGCCUCCGCCUCCGGUUCCGGUUCACCCAACGCGAAUAGUGGCAGCCCAUACGACCAAAAAUCCGCCAACGAGAAUUAUUUCGCGUCACUUGGUUCGAUGAACGCGAGCAGACCAGAUGACCUCCCUCCCUCCCUCGGCGGCCGCUACCAAGGUUUCGGCUCCACCCCCACCCCGUCCUCCCCCUCCCUCGAUGCCUCCAACCCGUCAUACGGAAUGUCAUCGAGAGCGGCUCCCACCCUCUCCGAUCUGCAAGAAAACCCAAUCGCAGCUCUCUCCAAAGGCUGGUCCAUCUUCAGUUCCGCAGUCGCCUCCAGCGCGAAAGUAGUGAACGAGAGUCUUAUACAACCGGGCGUGGAGAGGGUGACGGAUCCGGAGUUUAGGGAGGGUGUGAAGGGGUAUGUGAGUGAGGCGGGGAAGAGGGCGGGAGAGGGGGUUAGGGUGGCGAAUGGAUGGGGAGUGGAGAGGUUUGGGGUGGAUGUGGCGGGGGGUGUCGGCGGAGUCAUCGGGAAGAUCUCGAGCGGGGCGGGGGUGGGCGGGGGGAUGGGGGUUGGGGUUGGGGGGGCGAGUCGGAGCGGGUAUGCGGGGGUGGGUGGGCAAGGGCAGAGAUGGGGAGAGGAGGAGACGAGCGCGCUUUAUCAGGAUGAGGAUGAGGAUGCGUUUUUUUCGGAGUAUGCGCAUGCGGGGAUGAAGCCUGGUCAGGGGCAGACGACGUAUUCCUCUUCUUCUGCGUCUGCGGGCGUGGGUGGGAGCGGGAGUGGGGGUGGUGCGCAGACGAACACGGCGACGACGGGGAAGAAGGCGGAUGGGUGGGACGAUGAUGAAUGGAAGGAUUUCUGAGGGGGAGGUGGAAGGCUUAGGUAGGUUCGAGUGCGCGGUGGAGUGUGGCGUGGCGG